UGUCGGACUCGCGCGCCGCGUUCCGCCGCCGCGGACACGAUUUACUUAUGCAAAUUCCACGUGACGUCAGAGCGGAGAUCAAAGCCGGGGGCCCGAGAAAAAGCCGCGCCGGAGAGCGCGCGCGUUCGCGCGUGUGUGCAUAUACAUACAUAUAUAAGUAGGCGCGCGCGCCGUCGGUCUGCUCAGAGGAGGCGUUCGGUACAGCGCGCGAGAGCGACACACUGAGAACGUUAGUGCACGAGCGCGCGCUGUUCUGCUUCGGGACCGUGUGUGAAGAAUUACACCGCUCGGUGCUGUUCGGGUCCCGGAUGUGUUAAACCGGAUUAACGCGCGCGCACGAACCUGGGAUUGGAUUAUAAAGGACUUAACUUUUUCCUUCUUUGCUUUUUUUUUAAACAAAAUUUUCUCUCCCGGAUUUUUUGCCCCUGCACGGAUUUAAGCUCCGUCUCGCGCGCUGCUUCUGCUCUCUAUAAGCAGGAGAGACAGAGCGAGGAAGACGAGAAAGACUGAAAGCGUCCGCGUCAUGGCAUCUGGUCUGUGAUCAUCUCCGUGAGCUUCCACCCCGAGACGCACCCAAGUGUUCAGGAUGAAGAGCGAGUUUGUGUCGUUUCCGCUGUGCGCCGUCACGCUGCUCACGUUGGCACUGUCUCAGCACUGCGCCGCCAUACGAUGGCUGGCUUUAUCCCAGACGCCGGAGCACAUUAAUAAGACUCAGCAGUGUAAGACGCUCCCCGGCCUGGUCUCCUCUCAGGCUCAGCUCUGCCGCACUAACCUGGAGCUCAUGCAGGUGAUCGUCCAGGCUGCACGCGAGGUCAAAAAGACGUGCCAGAAGACGUUCUCUGACAUGCGCUGGAACUGCUCAUCCAUCAACACUCCCAAAUACCUCCCGGACCUGGAGAGAGGAACGAGGGAGGCGGCGUUCGUGUAUGCUCUGUCCGCCGCCGCUAUCAGCCAUACCAUCGCCCGAGCGUGCACCAGUGGAGACCUGAGAAUGUGUACCUGCGGCCCCAUCCCAGGUGAUGCCCUCGAACCCGGGCACAGGUGGGGCGGCUGCGCUGACAACCUCCACUAUGGACUCAUCAUGGGAUCAAAGUUCUCAGAUGCUCCCAUGAAGAUAAAGAAGAAAACGGGCUUACACCCAAACAAACUGAUGCACCUGCACAACAGUGAAGUGGGACGACAGGCCCUGAAGGAUGCUCUGGUGAUGAAAUGUAAGUGUCAUGGCGUCUCAGGUUCCUGCUCCAUCCGCACCUGUUGGCGAGGGCUACAGGAUCUGAAAGAUAUCGCUCAGGACCUGAAGACGAAGUACCUGUCAGCCACCAGAGUAAAGCACCAGCCUACCGGGACACGCAAACAACUUGUCCCCAAGGACAUCGACGUGCGACCGGUGCGAGAGAACGAGCUGGUGUAUCUGCAGAGCUCGCCUGACUUCUGCACCAAGAAUGAGAAGAUGGGAUCCAUCGGCACUCAGGACAGGCAGUGCAACAAGACUUCGAGCGGAAGCGACAGCUGCGACCUGAUGUGCUGUGGACGAGGAUACAACCCGUACUCCGAGAAGGUGGUGGAGCGUUGUCACUGCAAGUACCACUGGUGCUGCUACGUCACCUGCAAGAAGUGCGAGAGGACUGUGGAGAGAUACGUGUGUAAAUAAAUCUCUCACACACACACACACACACACACACACACACACACUCACAGAGUGACGAUCCGAGCUGGAAUUCUAACGCAUUUAUAACACGUAUCCUGCAUUCAGGAACGCUGACGAUCUGUAACCAAAAGCACUACGCUUUUUUUUUUUUUUGAAAUAUCUUUUUAUAUUUUAUUUCACCCAAUAAUUUUUUUUU